AUGCCCUAUGUCGACAUCGUGUCCAAGGACGACUACUGCUGCCUCUUCUACCGCACCAACGCCCGCUACAACAACGUCGGCAGCUUCGACCCCGAAAAGCCGACCGUGAUAUUGCUUCACGCCUACUGCCUCGGAUCCGAAUGGCUCCUCUCCCGCUUCGACCACGUCGAGCUCCGGACUGGUUACAACCUCAUCGCCUUCGACCAACGCUGCUGCGGCCGCACCGAGAAUCGCAUAUCCGAGCGCCACGACAGCUGGGUCGAUGCGGCGGAUGUAGCGUUCGCGUGUAAAUACCUCAACCUGCCCCCCGCUCACGUCUUCGCCGAGGAAUCCCUCGCUGUCUCGUGCGCGCUCCGGCUCGCCGCAUUAUUUCCCUCCCUCGUCCUCAGCCUCACGCUUUGUAACGUACCGCCGCCCACGCCUCUUCAACGGUCGCUCGAUGCGACCGACGAAAUGCUACGAAAUUGGUGCACCGCAGAAGACAUAGAAUCUUACGAACAGGCUGCGCAGGACUUUAUAGAUAACGCCUCCUCAUCUCAAAUCGAUCCUGAUUUGAAAGACGAUUUGGUGGAAUGGCUUGAAUGCCAGUACCCUCCGAAUUACCGAACGCGCCUAGUUGAACAUCUUAAUGUACAACUUAACAUGUCACCUCUAUCUGAUAACGAGCUCGCGUCCAUUACUCAGCCAGUGCUCAUCAUACAGGUGUGCACAUUGUUCUCACCACCCAAUGCUCCCCUCAGACCAAUUCGCAGGCAGAGUGGUGCAAGACCAGCCCGUUCAAGUCCGCAGAAGAACUGA